AUGGCAUUUCGCACAAAGUUUCAGACAAAGUUUCGCCCAAUGUUUCACAGAACUAAGGAUUUUUUGCAGAAUGUACUAACGCCAGUUGUUACAGUGAAAACUGCAUACGAUUAUGUAAAAGAGCCAUCAAACAGUGAACUUAGCGACAAACUGGACAAAGUGUCAGCAAAGAUUGAACUUAAGGACCAACUGGUGGAUAGCAAAAUCAUUGAUGGCUGCAGUGAACUUAAGGAACAAUCGGCCAAGUUGUCACAGCACACUACAGCAAAGUCUAGCAAAAUCACUGAUGUUGUGAAAAAGUUCUGUAAAUCGGCUGAUGGAAGUAGUGUAAGCCCAGCCUGA